AUGUCGAGAGCUUUGGAUGACGAUGUUAAGAGGGCAAUCAGGCAAGGCGACCAUGAGCAGGUUUUUACCAGAAUUGCAGAUGCCCUGUCGCAGCGACUGCCGGAGUUGCUAGAGAUUGAAAUGCUGGGGCGAAGCCACAUGGUUGAUGGACAGACGAUACUCCUACAAGAUGGACCAGCAAUAGCGGUGCCGAAGCUACGAUUGGUGCAAGCUUUUCUUUAUGCCCGCAGGAUACUUCAAAAACAUGUGGAAGGAUUGCGGGAUGAAACCAAUGGGCAUGGACUUGUGUUGAGAGCGACAGGUGUGAUGCUCUUGAUGGACCCUGAACAUCUUACCGCUGCAAACACGAGGAAGAGACUACUCCAAGACGCAAUCAAGUCAGGCACAGACAUUAAGUCAAGAUUUCACGACGAACAGUACCUCAUAGACAGCCUUCUUACAAGUCGUCUUCAUCGCCAUACAAAAUCGCCCACACUAUGGAGCCAUCGCCAAUGGCUCAUGCAGCGCUUCCAAGAUCACGGCCUCGCGAUAGACGCUACAGACACCAUGAAAAGAGUCAUCUCGGUAGCCGCCGAGCGACACCCACGCAACUACUACGCCUGGCUUCACGCGCGGUACCUGACCAAGGCCGUGUCCGAGACGGCGUCGCGAGGGGACAACCUCUCGGGCAUGCGAGGAGAGAACCUCCCGGGCAUGCUGGACGCGGCGAAGAAAUGGGCCAUGGCCCACCACGAUGACAUCUCCGGGUGGGCGUUCCUCAUGUUCUUCCUGGACCGGCACCCGGAAUUCGCUGGGUCGGUUGUUAGCGAGGCGACGAGGCUGGCGGCUUCAUUUCACUGGCGGAAUGAGUCCGUCUGGUACUUUUUUAGAAACAUUGCUGCGAGGCCUUGGUGUGACCAGGGUUGUCGAGAAGGGGUCGAGGCUACGAGGCUGGCGCUGCUGAGCGGCGUGGAGGAAAAGUCGGAUGGAGCGAGAUUCUUGGAACAGGCUUCAAGUUGGAUCCAGACUUAUUCUUCUGAGCCUGUAUAA